GUAAACAAAACACAAUACGCUAGUGCCGAAGUUCGCUCGUGAUCAAUCUGCCUCUUUCACGCUACAGGCAAAUAAUUCCCCUUCUGCUUUCUUCCGUAGUGUUUUCAUAUACCGCUCCCCUAACCAACUUAGUGACGAAGCGGCCUCACCUUAGGAUAUACUUCUAGGCGCCUUGGCAACAAUAUUAAUUUUGAAAUAAAAUAUUUUCCUCUGAACUGCUAGAACCAUGCGUUUCUAGUGCAAGUGAAAUAUGGUGCUGAAUUUACUUUCGGAAAGAUUGUAAUUCAACGAAUAGUUAAUCUCUUCCGAGCUGCAAAAUGGAUUUCGCUAAGAAUGUUCUGCUAAAAUUUGGCUGGAAAGAAGGCGACGGUUUGGGGAAAAACUCAGAUGGUAUCGCGAAACCAAUUAAGGCUAGUUUUAAGUUCAAUAGUGCUGGACUCGGUGCUGAUCCGGCGAAGGACCUCACCAACAAUUGGUGGGAUCGGGUUUACAGUGAGGCUUCCGGGAAUCUCGAGGUUGAUUCCGAAGGAAAGAUCAGCCAGAAGGAAGCGGACGCUGUGGAAAUCUCGAACAAGAGUUACUCGGUGAAGAAAUUGAAACAGAAAACUGCCGACGGGAAGGCAAAUUACGGUGGAUUCUUGCGGGCAUCUACGCUGUUAACCAACAUUGGGAAGGAGGAGGAUUUGGAGGGACAUGUGAAGACGGAAGAUAUUGAAUUCAAACCAGCGAAGAUUUUAACAGAUGAGGAGCUGUUUGCAGCUUGUGAGGGUCGAACUGCCCACAAAGGCGCUCGCCAUGGGCUUAAUUUGUCCGGUAAGCUGGCUCGAAUAGAAGCCCAAAACAACAAGCUGCUAGAUGAUCUGCAAUCCAAAUCAUUCGAAGCCGUCAUCAAAAGCAACGAUUGGCAGCAGGUGCAGAAGAGGAAAAAAUCAAAGAAAAAGAAACACAACGAGAAUAAAUGGAUCGAACGGCAUCAGGAGGAGGAAGAAGAUAGCUUGAAAGAUAUGAUACACAAUGCGAACUAUGUUGUGAAAAAGAAUAGAAAGAAGUUAAAGGCCGAGAUGCGUAUAGAGAGCGAUUUGGUGGAUGAAUUAAAUACUUCGAUGGGACUGUUCGAAGCACUGCCAGAGGAUGAUGGGGUGGAGCCAGAGCCGGGCCCAAGCAUCGAGGAAGAGUUAGAUGUGUUGAGUGAAAAAAUUCGCAAGCUGGAUCACAAUUCCGUUACCAUUAAGAAAAAAGGUAAGAAGAAAAAGAAACUGAAAAAUGCAGGACUUAGGACACUAGAUGAUGAGGAUGAGUGUAUGGAUCCAACGGCAAAGCACCAGAAAGACUACAAGAAGAAGCAAAAACAAAACAAUCAACUAUUGCGGGAGACAGUUAGUCAUGAAGUCGAGCCCAGCAAAGCAGAAAAACCGAAAAAGCUACUCAAAUCCGACAGUGAAGCAUCGGAUGAAGAUGAGGAUAAAGAUGUUGUUCAGCGGAUUAAUGAGUACCGUGCGAAGAUGAAAUCGCAUCUGCCCAAGAUAAAAGUUAGUGAACCAACGGAUGAGACUCAACAAACACUGGCGGAUAAAUUCAAGGAGAAACACGAGAACAGUGUCAAACGUGUUGGCCGACACAAGGCGAAAAGGAAGAAAAGCAAAAGGAAACAACGGCAGCUCUCAAAGCUGGCUGAUGAUUUGGAGAAGCAUUUGUGAAGCCUCAAGAACCAUUGAGCACACGCACGAAAGCAAUUAUAUUUGAAAAAGUUGAAGUUUAGCAAUAAUAUUAUUUGGAUUGUUGAAUAAAGCCUUGAACUGAUAUAUUGUAUACGUUA